AUGUGCCCCCAGAGCAGAGCCGGUGGGAGUAAAUGGGUUCCCUCCUUGUUGCAGAAGGUAUCACAAACCAUUCAUAGCAUUCCUUUGAAGAAACAGUACGUUCCGGUCCAGAAAGAUGGCAAAGUCGUGGCCUACAAGACUGCGUAUUUUGGUCAGGUUCACGUUGGUGGCCCCGAGCCGCAGAGCUUCACCGUCGUCUUUGACACUGGGUCCGGACAUUUAAUCCUGCCAUCAAGCAGUUGUCUCAGCACGGCGUGUGCGAAGCAUAGAAGAUACAACCGGACCGCCUCUCAAACAGCCGUGGACAUUGAAUAUGACGGAACGAAACUUCGAGCCGACGCCACCGAGCGCGAUCAGGUGGCGAUCGCCUUCGGAACGGGAGAAGUGCAGGGUGAGUUUGUCAGUGAGGAUGUUUGCUUCACCAAUGCUGCAGCGGCCAAAGGUGCGGCCAAGACUGAUGGCUGUGUGAAUCUGCGCGUGGUCGUGGCGUCCAAAAUGACAGAGGAUCCCUUCAGUCAUUUCGACUUUGACGGGGUUCUGGGACUUGGACUGGAGUCCCUUGCUCUCAGUCCGGAGUUCAGCUUCUUUGGGCAGAUGCUGGCGCAGAAUCCGGGCAUGGAGCCGCGGUUUUCGGUUUUCCUUGCCCAGAAUGAGGGCGUGGACAGCAUGAUCUCCUUCGGCGGGCACGAGGAAAGAUUUGCGAACAGCGACAUUCAAUGGGCUCCCGUGGCCAUGACAGAACUGGGCUACUGGCAGGUGGAAAUCAAGUCCAUCAAAGUUGGCAACCAGGUCCUCGAAGAGUGCGAGGAUGGCUCGUGCCGGGCCAUAUUGGACACUGGCACUUCCCUGUUGGGAGUCCCGCGGCAGGCCGUACGUGCCAUGCACCGCAUGCUAGCAAGACCAGUGGCAGAGGACACCUCAAGCCAAGCAGGUAUAGACUGCCGAAGGCUUCCAGGAGCCAAGCUUGAGUUUCAGCUCGCCGAAGCCGCCGUCAGCCUUCUCCCUGAGGACUACUCCAGGCCGUCCCCAUUCAACAUGACCAUUCCCAAUCAAGACAAGUGGAGGUUAUUCUGUCGCUCGCUGCUCUUGCCCGUCGACAUGGCAGCUCCUUUGGGCCCGAAGGUCUUCAUCUGGGGCGAGCCCAUGUUGCGAAGGUACUACACGGUUUAUGAUUUGGCCAACAAGCGCAUUGGCUUUGCCCUGGCCAGACAACCUAGUGGCAAGGCGUCCUCGCCUCCCAGUGUCGGCGCGCCUCCGGCAGGUUCGCUGGUGUCAGGAGCACCAUUGUCACCGCCUGUAGAGGUGGUGGGAUGA